CUGGUUUCGUCUGCUUUCGAAAUAUUCACAGAAUGUGCUGAUGAGAGCAUUUGCAUUUUCAUCGUUUAUACUUCAACAAAUGGGCGUAUUUUCGGUUUAAUUUCUUAAUUACUUGCUCAAAUUGUUCAACCCAUUUAAGAAAAUGAUGAAGAUAAACGUGUGUGUUUAAGAAAACGAAACCUGCUGUCGAAGAAAAACCGGACCAAGAACACCCAGACAGAGAUGAUUAAGUGUGGAGAACAUUAAUGGGAUACCGCAGUGUUCAUUUUCUUUCACUUUGUACUAAUCCUCGCCUACGUUCGUCGUCACUGAAGUGCAAAUUUCGCAACACCGCUGCUGAACUACUUUCUCCAACGACUGACAACUGAAGGGAUCUUUAAGGAAAUUGCGGAAUAAUGAACUUUUCUUCCAGUGGCCUCGUUCUCGAUGGGUGGAUCCCUACAAAACAGAUCAUCAAACACGGAUACGGAAGGCCUCACUUGAUUAUUCCUGGAGCGCUCACCGAUGGUGGAAAUUCCGUCACUUGGUCAAUUGCGUGGAUCGAAAAUGGUUUCUUCUUCCGGGCGGAAUUACUACGCUUUUCGGGGGAUCCCUUAUGCGAAACCUCCUAUAGGAAAUCUUCGUUUUCGAGAUCCUGAACCUGCCGAUCCUUGGGUUGGAAAAGUGUUGGACGCAAGUCGAGAUGAGCCCACUUGCAUUCAAUACAACGGAAUAAUCCGUAUUUUCCUCGGCGAGGAAGAUUGUCUGACUCUCAACGUUUACACGCACAAUUUUAAAUCAACAAGUAGUCCAAGUCCAGUUAUGGUGUACAUUCAUCCCGGAUCGUGGUUUUUCGGUAGCGGCAAUGGAAAGACUGACCUAGCUGGACCCGGUUAUUUUCUAGACCGAAAUGUUGUCUAUGUGACCAUGAAAUAUCGGCUUGGCGCAUUUGGUUUUCUCAGCACAGAAGAUAGUGAAGCUCCGGGAAACUAUGGACUCUUGGAUCAGACGAUGGCCUUGAGAUGGAUACGUGAUAACAUUCGCCAUUUCGGGGGCGAUCCGAAUUUAGUAACAAUAUUCGGCUGUAGCGCUGGCGCUGCCAGUGUUCAUUACCAUCUUUUAUCACCUCAUUCCAAAGGUUUGUUUCAUCGAGCCAUCGCCCAGUCUGGUUCAACGCUGAACCCUUGGGCGAGGAAAAGGUCUGUGGGGACUUAUACCAAAAAGUUGGCUCAAUAUGUGAAUUGUCCACAAUCGAACUCGAGUGCGCUUUUGGCUUGCUUGCGACAGAAACCAGCCAAUCAGAUAGUUCGAUUCCAAAAGGAAAUUGAGAUUAUGCACGUAUGCCCGGUCGGGUUCGGACCACGAGUUGAUGUUGAAAGAGAGUCCCCAUUUCUUCCAGCAGAACCGAGAAAACUUAUGGAAACGAAUCAAAUAAAUUCGGUUCCCAUGAUUGCAGGAUCUACUAGAAACGAAGGUGGCUCAAUGGUACGCAGACUUGUAUCCGACGAUCGCAAAUUGUUGAAUGAAUUCAACAAAGAUCCCCUCAAAUAUUUCCGCUUCAUGAUGGGUAUUGAAGACCAAUCUUUUUUUGGUGACAAAAUUAUCAAGCAAAUAGCGUAUCGUUAUUUCACGAUAGACAGGCCGUAUCAUCCGAAUCAACUCGAUAAAGUUGGAGAGAUUAUCGCUGAUUACUUGUACUAUCAUGAUAUAGAUGAAUCAGUUGACCUGCUCAGCAAGAAUAGCAAUCACUCCGUCUAUUAUUAUUUAUACAACUAUAACAGUCAUAUUUAUUGGUCGAGAAACAUUAGGCGUGUAUCUUCGAAUGAUCUUUUAGCAUCUUCUCUCGAUUUGAGUGGAACUCACAGUGAAGAACUGUACCUCAUGUUUUCUCAUAUAUUACUUCCUCGUUUGCGAUCGGCCAAAGACAUUAAAGUGUCAAAUAUGCUACUGGAUUUAUGGACUUCAUUCGCAAAAGACGGUGUACCGCGAAGUGACCUCGUUCCUGGUGAUUGGAUCCCUACCAAGGAAGACCAGCCCCGAUAUCUCAGAAUAGAAGCUGAUAAUCCUUCCUUGGUGAACGAGUCCAUGCCAUUCCGUCAACGUUUACAAUUUUGGCGAAAGAAAUUUAUCGAAAAGUAACCGUAUUUAAAAGGACACGUACUCAUAUUUGUCGGUUGUGUCAUCGCGCUUUUUGUUCUGGUGUGAUCCUGCCAGUGCUGCUCAAAAAUAAUUUAAAAGCAAAGCCGAAUCGUGAAACUAGCUGUUGCACCGAGUCGUUUUUUUAAUAUUUAUUCAGUUCAAUGCGCCGUUAUUCAUUUGGCCUUCGAAUUUUGUUCCUCUACCCAUUUUGCCAACCAUAAUUUGCAGUACAAAAUACAGGCCUGUAUCAUUCAAA